UAACUGUGGUAAUUCUAACCUAAGUAUUUUGCUAUGCAGAUUUUUUUACAGCAUUCAGCUCAUGAGUUAUUGCAGGUUGACUUUUGUAUGAUUUUGGCUUUAGACACCUUUACAAACUGCACUUACAAUAGAAAACAGAAGUAUUAAGACCACAAGCUAUUGUUCGCUCUGGGGCAGGGGCCUGCAUUGUGAUCAGGUGCAUUGUCAUGGCAGGUUCUUUAAUCUAGUCCUGCACAGCUGAUUUUUCCUUCAAUGAAGUGUAAAGUCAGUACCUCUGUGGAGUCUAAUGAACAGAUGUCAUAUUCUGAUGUGCUCCCAAAAGAUUUCAUGCUGUGCAUAUAUCAAAUUGGAAAAAACAUUCUCUGUAAGAAUAUGAAAAGCUAGUUGGUAAUGAGGUGUAAGUGUUAAAAGUUUUGCUCUUCUGCUGUUGGGAAGCUUUGUUGUUUCUGCUGGGAGACUGAAUAGAGAAACUUAAAAGUUAAAAUAUUCAAAAAGAAAAAAAAAAGGUUUUAGUCUGGCAGCUGAUAGAAGCUUUGAGUCAAGCAAUUAAACCUCAAGUUUUGAUGCGUGUUUUGUAUCUGUGGUGAAUUAACUGCUCUAAACUGAAAGUUGCUGUGAGGUCAGAAAUUCCAGAAUUUCUUCAGAAUUUCUUCUUCAUUCUCUCUUACUUCAUUUAGCAUAAAAUGCCCCAUUUAAUUGGGGUGUUUGUGUUCCACUUUUGGUGCCAGAGUUUAAAUUAUGAAGCACUUAAUUUUUUUGUUGUUGGGAGGGAGAGAUGCAGAAUUGCUAAUUGAAAGGGAUUUGUUAAAAUCUCUUGGGAGGUGGAACCUCUGUUUUAAUCUGGACUGCUUCACUGCAGAGCAGCCUUCUGCUUGGUGGUCAGCAAAUCCUUCUGGGUAGAGAGAGAUGAGGUGAUGGUUAGGGGCAGCGUACAAGAGAAAGGCCUGUGAGGAUAGCAAGGAGGGACAAGGACGAUGUUGGCUUAGCUCCAGAGUGUUUCAAAUGGAGGAAGCAGGUAAGAGGCAAACCUGGUGUCUUGCAUGGCAGCGUGUUGCAGCCUGUUGUUUAACAGGAUUACAACAAUGGCUUAUUGUGUCAUAGACACUUUGAAAAUAAACAGGUAUUUUAUCUUCAGCACUACUUGUGUUUUUGACUGUGUAGUAACAUUUUAAAUCAUCACCUUCAUGUUGUAUGAGUGAAAAUGCUUAGAAGUUUUCAAUAGAUAAGAAGAGCUCUGCUUUUAGUUAGUUUCAUGCUCAAAAUGCUUUCGUCGGAAAGAUUUUGGCAAAUAAAUUAGCAUUUGAUAUUUAGCUCUUCACCCAUUGUAUAAUUUCACUGAAACUAUUGAGCUGAUGUUGCUUGACUUGUAUUAGUUGUAUUAAUGUUUCUUUGAAAGAAUCCCUUUAAUAUUGUUCUGUUAUUUUGUUGUUGGGUUCUUUUUUUUGGGGGGGGGGGGGGGGGGGGGGGGGUGUAACGUGCAGAGAUUAAUUCUGAGAUGAGGCAUCUGAAUGCAAAAAGAUGGGGCUUGGGUUGCAGUUUAUAAGAAAACUUUGCAAAGACUUUUUUCAAGAAUUUUUAAAUUUAGAUUAUAUUUUUUAAUAUGGUUAGAAAAUAAUUUAGGGUUUCUUUUUCUGGUUUUACUUAUACUGUAGUCAUUAUAAUCGUAGAUGCACUUCCAAACUUAUUUCAAUUGUAAAGUGGUUUUCAUUCUUGAAAAAUAGGUACUUUCCCGUUGAAAGCUCAGGAGAAAAAUAGCUAUAGAGGCUGAAAAAUUUUCCACCUGAAUGUGGUCAAAACUUUGUAUUAUUUUCUAAGCCCCAUUUUUAGCUCUUCAAUUAGUUCACUAUGAUAUUUUAUAGAACUCUUAAUUUGUCUACCCUUCACUUCACCCUUCUUUGUUAUAGUAAAUAUACUGCUAUGAAUUUCUCACAGAAAUCAUUGAACUCUGUGAAAACAUAAGUGCUACAUCAAACCCUAAGAUUUUAUGUGCUUGAACUUCCUGGUUUAGAGUCUUAGUAUCGUAUACAAAAGUGACUCACGAUACUAAUUACAAUAAUAGUAACUUUUGUCUUAGAGAAUGUUCAGAAUUAACUUCAUGUUUCAUUUAUGAUUAUAUACUCAAUGGUAAUAAAUGUACUCUUUUAACGUUUGAUGUACAUGUUUUCAAACAUGAGGGAAAACAAUAGAAGUGAAGGAUACAACAUUGUAAGCCUUUUUUAGUAUUAAUGCUUUACUGUAUGUUAUAUUUAAUAAUAAAUUUGGUAUGAAACAGAGAAAGCUUUGAAAUUCUAUGUAGCUGUGAUAAUAAUUAGUACAUACUACUAACACUAGUUUAUUUUCAUUUUCAUCAUUUAAGGUUAAUUUAUGUUUUGACCUAAAUUAGCUGGAAGAGAUGCUUGCAUAAUAUGUAAGUGUCUUUGUGGCAUAAGUUUACUUUCUUGGAAAACUAUGACUGUUGCACCCUGAGAACUUUUGGUGACCUCAGGACAUCUGAAAGUGUAUAGCAGCUGUGCUAGCCGGUUAAAGCACUUCUUCAGGAGCAGUUUUGAUUUGGUUCUACAGCUCUAUCAUUUUCACUGUCUUUCUCAGUUAAUCAGCAGUCCUUUUCUGCUGACUAAAAUAAUGCUCCUAGCCAAACUCCCACUGGGCCAAAAAGAUGUAGUCUAAGUGAAGAACCAUCAUUCUUUCUGCUACUAUUGGAUGGAAUCUCAAAAUAUUGCUGCUUCUAUUGCCAGUGGUACAACUAACAGCAAAUGUUGUUUUGCUUUUGUUGUCACGUUGUACCUCAUGUUAAUGAGUUUGUAGGUAAUAUACAGCAUUUAAAAACAGAAUGUCAGGAGUUAGUUUCCAGUAUAUGCAGUUUCAAUUUUGCCUGCUCAGAUUGUGCCCAACAAUGUAUCAGUAACACCAGUAUUUUUUCUAUGAGCUAUACUCAUCAGGAGUUACUUAUAUCUGUGCUAUUAUCAGGAUUAUCAUAAGUGAUGAGACUUUGGGUACACCCUCUGCAUGUGCCUCAUGUAAUUUUGCUGUCCACCUGCCAGGGAUUAUGCAGCAGUUUACACCGUGCCCAAUCUCAUGACGUUUUGCUUUGCAGUAGGUCUUGAGGCCCACUUGUGGAUAUCUUUAGAUCAUUGCCUAUAGUUAAUGACUUAGACAACUCUAUAGAUCUGACUCUUGAUUUCUUACAAUUUACAGCUGCUUUGCUCUUGUACCUGUCAUGUCAUAUCAUGUUUAGCUGUCAGGAAAUCUCACAACCUGUGCUCUGACCUAACUGUGUACAGCUGAUUGGACUCUGAGACACAGUCUCCUGGCUGAGUUCUGAAAUGACACAUAGUUUUCUAAAGGUCCAGAACAUGUCUGUCUUUUGAUUUGUCAGAUGGCAUUAUCUAAUGAAAUAGCUCAAAUGCUCAUCACAUGCCUUUGUGAUGGUAUUUGUCUUGCUGCAUUCUGCAGAAAAUUUCAUGGCACGUAAGGAAGUGAUGAAUGAAGUUUGUAUUUCACUUCAAUGUGGCUGGAAUAUAUAUAUUUUUAAGAUUAUUCCGUAAUUUCUGUCGGUAGACAACAGGUUUAUGUAUUCUGAAACAAAUAAUAAUAAAAAUAAUAAUAAUAGUUAUAGUAAUAUUACUGGAAGCCACAAACUCCUCUUGGCCUUGUUAAUUUCACGUUGAUGGAGGAAGGGUUGGAAAUGUAAAAAAAAAAAAAAAAAAAAAAUCCCAGAAAUUAAAGCUGAAGCCUGAGUUUUGUUACCACAAAUGUGAAGUUGAGUGUCUGGCUCCACAGCUGAAUCCUGUGGAUUACCUAAUUGUAAGUCUACUUCAUUGCUUCUUUCUGACUUGAGACAUGUUUAUUAACUGUUUUCCUGUUUACCUUUUCAGAUCCCAUUAUUCAUUCUAUCAUUCUAUCAUCCUUUUAUUCACGCUUAGUUUGAAUUAUUGUCGAAAGCUAUAUGCAGUGACCUAGUUUCAAGUAUGUAAUUAAUAUCACACGCUGUGGAUCUGGACAUGGUUUAAACCUUUAAAGUAGGCAUAUUUAUGCAGACAGAGGUAAGAGUAUAGAGCUAUAGCAAAUAGUUGAGUUUUUGCAGAAAUUCUCAAUCUCUGAAUCACUGUAGGAUGGUAAAACACUGACAGAUGGUCCUUAGAUAUCUGACCAUUAAUUGACUUUCAAAUAUUUUCACUUCUUAAAUCUACUUAAAAGAUAUAUGAAAUAUGUUUAUUUUACUCUUUCUUGUUGUUACAGUUCCUAAAAGGAUGCUAUCCUUUUUUUGAACAAACUCAUACUAAGUGCAAAAGCCUUUAAAUUAUUAGAAUAGAUGAAUGCUACUUCAUAAGGAUGACUGUACAACUACACGUUGUACUCAACAUAAUGUGGUAUUGUAACCAUCAUUUAGGAUAUCAGUUAGGCUGCCUAUGCCAGAUGAUACAAUUGCAUCCAAGCUUAUUGCAAAAAGACAAUGCAUUCUCUAAGGAUACUUUUUAAUAGAUGGAAUAUCAGUCUGGAAGAACUCAAGAAAGUUGCCUUCCAAGUCCUUUUGAGCUAAGGCUUUACCUGGUUGCAGUGAUCUGAUGGCCUGAAGAAGGCUGGACAGUAAAUUAUUAUUGCAGAGCAAAAACACAAAAAAGUUCUGGAAGAGGAUCUAAAACUUGGAUUGGCCAAACUUGCCAUGCAUUAACUUAUUACCCUGAUCUUCUAUAAGCUGACACACUACAGGUCACCUGCAUAGCUGUGAGAAACCCUGUACCAUCAGCCUCCACAGUCAGCAGAUUCUCCAUAGAACAAUUAACUUUUCAGUAUUCAUAGAAUCAUAGAAUGGUUUGGGUUGGAAGGGACCUUUAAGAUCAUCUAGUCUUCCUUGACACCAUGUUCUGCAGAAUCUGUUAUGCCUAUUCAGAACUGAGUCUGGUAUUUCUGGGUCUUCACACUGCUGUGCUUAGCAUUCAUACAUAACUCUACAAGUUGUAGCAAGAGCAGGAAUUUGCGCAAUAGAGAAAGCUGAUCCUAAACUUGCUUUUUAAAAUUAACAUGAGUACUUCUUUGUUAGCAUAAGAGCAGAAUAUGAGCCAACAAUAGCAAAGACAAUGGAGAAAACAUAGCUUUGACAGGAUUAGUUUUUUUAAUAGUGAUUUAAAUAUAGUCAUCAAAUUAGAUAGAGGACUAAAAGCAGUUGUGCUUGGUCUUGAAGGUUGCAUAAGGCUGCCAAACAGCAACCAAAAGGAUGAGAUUUCCAGGUAUUGUCUUGUUUUAACUGGACUAGGAAGAUCACACAUGAAGGUUCAGAACAACACAGUUGUGCAUUCUUAAAUUCUUAAAAUAACUUAAGAAUCUUAAAAUAACUUAAACUUAUACCUGUACAGUAUUACUUUAUUUUCCUAUAAACUACUGAUAUAUUUUGAAGCUCUUUUAUCAUCAACUGCUACAUAGAUAAAACAUCAUUUUAUUUAUUAACCUUGAUUUUCUGAAAUGCUAGUAUUGUGAUGAUACAUACUAGCAAAUAUAUGUAUAUAUUUAUAUGUAUGUAUAAAUGCAUACCUGUGUGUGUGCCGAUACUAUUAUACAGACGUAGCAUGACUUCUUUAUGGUCUGGAAAGCAAAAAAUAGCUGUAGCAUGUAAUUAUCUUUCGGGUGUGUAGGAUUUAAUUGUGAGCCUGUCAGAAAACAAAAUAAAAAAACUGAUUUGGGUUAGCAAGACAGCAUUGUGCAAUGUUUCUGGGAAUGCCAAUUUUGUGAUUUAUAAGAACCUAAAGUGUGUCAUGGAGCUCAAUUUCAAUUUUUAAGCAAUUUAUCUUGCAUUUAUGGGUGUAGAAAGCUUUUACACACUACAUGGCAAGCUUUUAAGUCAUACUCAGAGAGGUUAACACCUGGUGCUUCUUCACUCUUCCACUGGAACGCUCUGUGGCUUUGACUGUUCUUUCCGUUGGAGUCACCUCCUUCUCCUCCCUGUCCUCUGGCUAAAUAGAGGAGAGGAUUAUUAGUAGAGGAAUGCAACACUUCCAAUUUGACACGUAAGUGAUAAUUGCUGCAUUCCAAAGAGAUUACAGCAGCAAACCCUCAGAGUUGCUUGUACCUCAGGUGAAGAGAAAGCAUAGCUUCACUUCAGAGCUUGUAAACAUUCAAGUUAUAAAUCAUAUUUAGUGACAUUUAAUACACUUGAACUUUGCUUUUUCUACUCCAGUGGGAAGCCAAAGAAAUAGGUACCUGCUUCCUUGAGUGGCCAGCUUCUCACACUUUUCCCUACCAGUCAUAAAACAAAGUAAUUAUUAUGAUGUCAGCUGUUUCCUUUUCCUCAUUUUCUUGUUUUCCAUUACAUAACUUUAAUUACUAUUGAUUAUACCUAAUUAGGGUUCAUUGUGCUUCAAAGACAAAAUACCUCAUGUCUGCCUCCAGAAGGUGAUAAUCAUAUGUUUAGACAUAACAAGUGAUAGCAAGAGACAAGGGGACAAUUGGAUGGAAGAAGAGUAGCCACUAACAAACAAACACAGAAAAUCAGCCAACAACACUAAGCCACAAUCUACCUUGGUUAACUUUUAGAUGUUUGUAAUAAAGUAAACUCUGAAUUCAAACUUUUUUAUGAAGGACAUAUGAGUGCAAGUGCUACUGGUGUGAAAUGCUUUACUUUUCUAUUUCUGAAAACUUUUAAGGGCAGCUGUAUUUAUCCAAUCUACAGAGCGUGCACAUUUCACCACUCUUGCAAAUGGACUGUCUGAUGCACACCAGGGACUCUUCCUCAUUUUCACAGGAAGUUUCCCUAUGAGUUGUGCUUUCCUGUAAACAGGCUCUGUCCUCCAAAACAGAUUAUAUGUUAUGUGUCUUGAUUGCCAUUCAAUGAGAAUGACUAACAGCAGCUAGAUACUUCUGUUCUGAGGGUGAAGUGAUAGGCGUGUUUGGGAUAAUAUUGGUAGGCAUUGACAGUCUAUAUCCCAAUCGAGCAAUUGUAGAUUGGUAAGUACAUGUGUCUGAAAGUGUAACUCUACUAAAUAAAGCAAGGAAUGCUGUUGGCCUCCUUUCUCUACCAGCAGUUUUUCACUGGUCCUAUAAAAUCUUAACCAUUAGUGUCUCAAGCGUACAAAGAUACAAUAAUGUCAUCAAGUUAAGCAUGUUGUUUGAGAAAAAGGCAAGGCUAGCUUGUAUGAUAAAUCUAAAUGCUGUAGGCAUUAGAUAUACAAUUAGACUUUAAUGUUAUUUUAAAACCCAUGGUCAAUUUGGAUCCAAAAUUCAAAGCAAAAAUAUAACACUUAGAUGUAAGGUUUUGGAAAACCUUAUUGUUAAGAUCUUUAUAUGAAAUGUGUGAACCCAGCUGCUGCUAGUGAGUAACAUUGCAAGAGUGAUAAAACAUUUCCACCAAAACAAAACAUCACGUACCAGCGAAGUGUAGAGAAAAGUGUAAAUCAACUCUGCAUGCCUAAUAGAUGAACCCUAUAUUUAUGCUAGCAUUUAAUUGCAAUUUGAUUAAAUUUUGAUGUUUCAGACUUUUGUUAGUACUCCAGUGCAAUGUAAUUAUUCAUUUUCAAACCUCAAAGAUGUCUUCAAAAUAUCAUGGUCAAGCUUAUGAUUCAUGUUAUAUUACUGUUUCUUGUAUUCUUUCCUGUUUUCCAGUCUCAGCAGAAACACUCCUUUUCUGAUCUAAAUAAAUUCUAAAGCCAAUUUCAAGAAAAGUUAUCUGUAUACUUAUAUAUAAUAACUUCCAGAAAAGAAGCUGAGUUCUCCUAAAGUAAAGAUAGAGAUGUAUGCAGGUACUGGAAGAGAUUUCUCAAAGAGAUUGCACAAUCUCUGUCCUUGGAGGUUUUUGAGACCCAACUAGACAUCACUUUUAGCAAGGUUAUGCGAGAUUUGACUUCACAUCUGUAAUCCAACAGAUACACGUGGUGUCAGAUUACAAAUUUCCUGCAGUCCUUUGCCAUCUGAAUUAUUCUAUGAUUUUGUAAACCUUCCAUCUGUUGCUAUCGGAAUGAGGAAAAAAAAAAAAAGAAAUAUAGGUGCACUAAGUAUUUUUAUAUUUAUGAUAUAUAUAUAUUUUACAUUAACUAACUAAAUAAGUAAAAUAAAUAAGAGGUGUUUUCAUAUUCCAGAAUGGAGUGCCCUACAGGAAUUUCUAAGCAAAAUGAAUCUGUGCUUGACUUAAGUUGUCAUGCAUUUUUCACUUUUUUAUUUAUUUUAGAUAUGAUUCCAGUUCUGCUUUGUAUUUUAAAACAAAAUGGAAGACUGUUCCAAUCUUGGGGAACUGACUGUAGGAAGUAGGUUACUUUUUUCCUUUCAGUAGAGAGAUUUCAAAUUCACUGUGAAAAAAAUCAUGUUAAGAAUUCUGAAUAGAAAUUGUGUUGGUAUUCCCUUAAUGAAAGGGUGGAACUUCACCUGCUUCUGCCCUUGAAAGUGAAAACUCCAUGCAGUCCUAAUGAUAGAGCGUAAUGGGAGCACAUCUUGUGGUGACUUCUCACUGCUACAUGAAGUGAAAGGAAGAUCUUGGUGAACAGUCAGAAAAUACAUGUGAAAUUCUCUAGACUGAUUAACUGAUUGACUCUCUUCCCAGUUCUGGCAUACUGGGUGGAGACCCUUAAGUAUUAAACAACAAAGAUCAGCUGAUUCUACUGAGAAAGUCUGUAGCUAAACAGAUUACUUUUUGAGUUCUUUUAUGCAUUGCAAGUCCAAACCUGUAUACUAAUGUAUUUGUAUUAAGGUGGAAGCCCUCAGGUGUUCUUGUCUUCAAUAUAAGCAGUCAUAAUAACAAAUGUCAUUUUUUUAUUUAAAAAUCUUGUUAUUACCAACUUAAAGAGUCUAAAUGAAAAGUUAAUGUUGAAAAUGUUAAUUCAUUAUUCUGUGAAAUUUAGAAUUCUUUAAAAUAAUAAUUCCAGUGGAAAUGCAGCCCAACAGAUGCAUGUAGCAUCUCCAUGGUACCCUCUCGCAAUAGUUUAUCAAUAGCCCUCUUUAAAGAAAUAUGAAACAAAAAUCUUUCACUUCAAGAAGUCACCAAAGUGAGGUUUAAGACCAAUUAAUGAAACCACUUCCAGGCUUAAAAAAAUCUCAAGUCAUUUAUCUUUAUGCAAAAUGUGAACAGUGAUCUUUUUUUUUUUUUUUUUUUUUUUGAAGACUGUGAAGCUGGGAUAUGUAAUUUAUUUCUCAAAAGUAACCAGACUCAUGAUGACAGUGUAUCCAAAAUCUCAAAAACACGAGUAUGUCUUCUCUGAGUGCUGACUUUCUUUGACUACUUUGUUGUCAAUGUUAUUUUUUUUUUUCUGAGAAUACAUUGUUAGUACAUUAAGAAUAGAGCAUCUCUGAGAAAAAAGGCUGUAAUGAAUGUGUUUUCUUUUGUUAUUCUUUCCUCUGUGGUUCUAAUUGAUGCAUCCCUAUGGUAAGAUCUGUACUGUCAUAUGGAUUAUCACAUAUCAUAAAACUUGCAUCUCUUGACUAAUGAUUUUGUACGUUUGUUUUAAAAGUACAUAAAAUUGGUGUUAGUGUCAGGGUUACAUGAUUGCUUAUACAGUAAUGCUCCAUUUUCACAGACUAGAACUAUAACAGGUUAAGGGUGUGAGGAAAGUACUGACUCAGCAAUAACAAAUCUUAGCUAUCUGUGAUGCGCUCAUGUCUAAAUGUGAAAGUUUAAAGUAACUUAUGCCCAACAAAUAGUUCUAGUUCCAAGUCUUUCAGGAAUCUUCAUUUAUAUAACUGAGUUGGUUGAGCAAUCCAGACAGUUUUUUUCUUCUGCUGCUUCAAAAGAAACAAAUGCAGAUUGUUACUGACAGUUAGCAAUUUAAUCAUGUUCAGACCUUGGUAUGCGGCACAUUUCUCAUAGAUGAUCAAUAGAGAACAAGCAUAGCAUUUGCAGUGUAACUUGCCUCUUCCUGUGUCAUUUGUGUUCUUCCUCAUCAUUUUUUUUUUUUUUAAAUACACUUCCUUUUAUCAUAUAACUGUCAGAUGCUUUGGAUAAAACUGCUUUUGGAACUGCAAAAAUAGUUUGGGUACAAAGUUGAAAAUGAGUUGCAAUGCAACUCCACCCAAUCAGGCCCUUGGAAAUAUGCAUCACAGAACUGAUUUCAGUGCAGCAAGCUAUCUGUAGAAAUGGUAGCAGGCAUUGCUCAAGCCUGUCACACCUAACUUCUUGUUUCCCAGGCCACAUCAAUAAAUAGUCUCUGCAUGUGAAAGUGUAUCCACGCCUCUUCUGUUCCAUUAAUUCUGAGCAUAGAAGGGUCCUUCAUCUAGACUGACAGACAGAUUGAAGUAGACGCCCUCCUAUUUUCAUAAUACUAUGUUCCACUUCGAUAUCCUUACAAGUUGAAAGUAUCAUUACUGUUGGGGUACUUGUAGUGGCAUUGCUGCUAUUCAUUCCCAAGCGUCAUUUUUAGGAACCUGGUUUUGUUGAGUACCAGAAAAAAGAUACCAUCAGUUAAUAAUACAUUUUCUUUCACAUUGUUUAACCUUUGAUUAUUUUUUAGUAACUCCUUUGCUGGGGGAAAAUAAAAGGAAUCUGAAGACUCUGUACCUUUAAAUUUGCUUCUAGUCUUUGUUCUAAUACCAGUGUUGUUUUUUACUGAACUUGUUCUAUAGGUUAUUUGUGAUUUCCAAUCUUGCUAACUGAAAGUAGAUUAGACCAUCUUAGAGUAUAUGUCAUGCUUUUAAUUUUUAUUCUUCAUUAACACUAUAAAUUUGUAGGUUCCACUGGUUUUGCAUAUGUCAGGUGAACUAUUUGUUCAGGCUUCUUUUUUUUUUUUCUAUCCUAAAGUAAUAUUAAUAAGUGAUAGGUCAUUAGUUAGGAAGUAACUCAGGUUACUAAGGUGUGUUAUCAAGACCCCAGUAGUCCAAGACUAAUACUUUGGUCUAGAACUCUGCAAUGCAGCGAAUGACUUGCUUUACUGACCCUUAAAGAGCUUGGAAAAGUUUGUGGUCUAGAAUUAUGGUAGUUCAGUGUGAGCUUCUGGAGCACAAAGCCAGGAAAGAAUAGAUAUUGAUGUCCUUAGGGUGCUGCCAAACGCGCUCUUAAAAUUAAUUAUAAGGUAAGCCUAAUGAAGCUGUUUCACCAUAUCCUGUUUUCAACACAAAGCGCUCCCUCUCACAAAUCCUUCCCUCCCAAGUCCCUCCCCCUCCCACCCAUGUGUACAAUCAAAAUAAAUGUGCUGUGACAUUUUGGAGUCAGAAUGCCACUAGGGCUGUGCUUUCCAUUUUAGUUUAUAGGUUGUUGUAGUUGUUAAUAGAUUGGGUCUUACAUAGACAUUAUUUUUAUCAGCCUCCCGUCUUUUUGUCCUUUUUCUGAUUUUAGACACUAAAUUGUUUUCCACCAUUCCUGUUUGCUUUGGUAGAAAAUCAGGGUUGUACUUGACCAUUAUUUCUUCAGGACUGGGAGGGUUAAACCUGCUGCCAUGUUGCAAUAAUAACUCAUACUAGCUCUGUAUUCCAGAAUUUUCACUAUGGUGAAAAAUGUUUAGCUCAGCUAUACUGCAUGCUGUGUACAGAAUCUAUGUUUGAUAUUACUCACAUUUCAGAAUGAACUAGAAGGUCUGAUUAAAAUAAGAAUCUACCUAGGUGUUUCUGCUUUGAAUUGAUUUGAAUUCAAAACAUUGCUCUAAUUUACCCGUUGUUUUCACUUCUUAAAUAUAGUAGCAAUUAUAAGAAAUUGCUACAUAGUUGUUUGAAAGACUUCUCUCAGCCACUUAGAAGUAGUUCAGGUUGUCAUUUCCACAAUUACAUUUUGGGUCAGUCUCAUAUCUGUUGUGAGGGGGUUUUGCAGCAAGAGUCUACUCUUUCAAUAGCAAAGCAAAAGCAAUGGGGUGAUGUUGAGGGUUGCAAAUUUAGCCUUGAAAAUAUACGAGGCUUAAGAAUAGUAAUUUCUGUUCUCAGUCUUUAAAAUACAGAUUAAAUUUCCUAUUUCUUUUUGUAUAACUAGAAUGAAAAGAAGAAAGCUGAUGUUAUUAUAUAAUCACUUCUCAGCCUAAACAAAUUCAUUAUUGAAUUAUGAGAAUUGAUAUUACUGUUUCUUAAAAUACUUCCUUUAAAAUUUAUUUCUUUUGCAAAAGCCGCCAAAUGGAUUUGAAUUUUCUGGUUGUUUUUUUUUUUUUUUUUUUUUUUUUGGUUGGUUGGUUUUUGUUUGUUUUCCCUUCCAGUUUAUUUGCAUAAAUCUGCUACAGUAUACUGGGAAAAGUGUAUAUGCAAAUGCUAUGUUUCUGUACUGAGGGAACAAGGAUCAAGUUUACCAUUAACUAAGAAGUCAUAAAAUCUUGUGAUGUUUCAGCCAGCAUCGUAAUAAUUUAAGGGACAUCCCAGUUCCCUAGGGCUCCAAGUCAUCACCCCACAGGUCCAGGUCAGCCCUUGGACUUCGGGUUGCACCCUUCCAACAAAGCAGCCCUUUGCAAAUAAAAAUCAUUUAAACACUUUCAAAGUAUAAAUUAUAAACAUACAGAACUUUAAAUACCUUGUGGCUAACCACAUAAGCAUCACCUUUUGAGAUUUAUUAUAUGUGUGAAUUGUAAAGAAUGUUAAUUUUUCUACUUUAAAAUUUUUAUCAUCAUAAAUUCCAAAUAUGAUUUACUAUGAAAUUUAAUUUUUGUGCUGUGUUAUUAUUAAUUUCCUAUGGUUAUAUACUAAACACAUAAUGUGGUUACAGGAGAAAAGGGGCAGACUUUAUUCGAACAGUAGUUAGGUCAAUGAUCAUAUUGUUGCAUAUGAUUUGCCUUUGCAACUGUCUGUGUUGAAGCUUUGCAUUGGGGGAAAGAUGGAAAGUUUAUGAUUUUCAAAGACCUGCUUGUUACUUGAACUGAAAGGUGAAUGCGAAGGAGCUGUGUUAGAAGACAAUAGAAUUUUCAGUCUUGUGCUAUUUUGGUCACACAGGCUUGAAGCGUUGAAAAUACUAAACUAGAAAUUCCUUACUGUUUACAAUUCUUAUUCCUGGGACUCAGUCCAGCGGAGGACUUGCAGAUUACUUGCUUCUCUAGCUCCCAUUUUCAUCUUUUACUUUUCGUAUUUAAACCGUUUUACACAUCUGAGCAAGGCAUAGAGUUUAUGCAUUAUAAGAGUUCCACAGUGCUGGCACAAUAUUUUCUGUAGUGACAAGGUAUGGUAUGCUCUAAGUUCUUAUAAUGCCAAUUAAAUGCAAAGAGAAUCAACUGGAGAGUGUGAGAAUGAGCUGGGCAGCGUAUACAGUACUGUAUCCUUUCUUCCACUUGUGUAGCUGAAUAUGAAUAUCAAGAGCAAGAUUUAGGGCAAAAUCAUCUUUUUCUUUAGUUUUUUAGAUGCCUCUUCACAUUUUCCUAAUUUUUAUGAAAUCCAAACUCAUGAAACUUGUCAUAUGCAUUCCCCUUCUUAACAUUUUUUUGGGAAGAGAUAUGCAUUUUUACUAUUUUUACAUGCUAAUUAUAUGCUACCUCAUCCCUGUAAAAUCCUUCUUUGAGAAUUUCAGUAGAAGACAUAGGCCAGAAUUUAAUAGUCUCCACCUUGCCCAUUCUGGUUUUUCCACUCCCAGCUGUGGAAAUGCACCCUCAGUCAUGCCAAGCUCACAUUUUUCUGUGCUGAUUGGUAGGCCCUGAUGACAGGCACUGCCUACUGAGUCAAAAGUAGGGCUCAUUCUCAGUUAAAAAAUGUCUGUUGUCAUAGUAAGCAGAUGUAGGCUUGUACAAAUCUGUUAGUGAUGUCUGUUUAUACAUUAUUGUUGGUGCAUUCCUUGUAUUGGAAGUAAAUAUUGGAACUUGUAUGACAUGAUUUCAUUUCAGAACUGCAAAUUCUAAAUUCACAGUUGACAAUCCCUAGCUUUGGUGGAUGAUCGAUUUCAGAUAUUGGAUAGGUCUUGUCUCAGUGCACCUAUUUUAUAACAAUUUGCAAAGCAGGUUACUCCUGAAGUACAGUUAACCUAAGGGCUUUUCACGGGUUUAAUGCUCUGUCCUGUGGCAUAUCUGCUGUGGUUUGUCAUGCAAGAUAACUGAGCAUUUCAAAAAGCAUGUAAAUUAAAUACGUUCUUGUCACAAAGUCUUUUCAGAGCACAGAAAAAAAAGCAGAAAACAGCCACAGUCUCAGAACAGUUCCUCCAGGUAUUUCUACAUCUACUUUGUACAUUUAACUUAAUCAUUCAUAAUUGUCUUCUGCUUACAGUGCUAAAUGUUGCUACUAAUAAAAUUUCAAUUAUCCAGAUACUACCAAGCAAUAACAACCAUAGCGGUCCUGUGUUACAAAUUCCUAUUACAGAGCUUGUUUAUGACUGAGUUAUUGAAAACUGAAAACUGCUACAGUAAAUGGUAACUUUUUCUUCUUUUGGGGCUUGACUAUUUCACUUGUGUUUCCCAAGAUGCUGGUGGUAGGAUAUUAACCUGUUGGCCUGCUGACCACUUGCAUAUUAUAACAGGUCUUCUGUUCUAGUUUGGUUGACAUGAAUCAAGUCAUUUGAUGAUAGAAUUCAGAAGCGCUGUACUUACAAAUCCAUUUAAAUGACAUCUUUUGGCUCCACUCAGAAUUGGUCACUUUGCAAUCAUACAGCAGUUUAAUACACACUAGCAUGAUGUUCUGAGAUCUCCUGAUCAUUAAAAAAUGUAACCAAAAUGUGACUUUUUCAGCUGUGCUGCUGUGGAGAGGUUGCAGAAUGGUGUAAUUUUUAAUAUCAGUUAGAUACAUAAUUGUCCUGUGUUUGACAGAAUAUGAGAACUUUCAGGAUUUUUUAAUGGAAUAUUAAUAUCCUGUGUACAGAUAUUUCCUAGAGAGAAUUCAGUUGAAUUGCUAAGGCUGUGUGAGCUCUAUUGCUUUGGUAGGGAGUUUCUACUGCUACUUAGUAUUGCAAGAUUUUUUUUCUGUGAUGUAAUCCUGUGAGAUCCAUGAAAACCUUUAAGAAAGUAUUCUCUAGAAAAUAGUGUGCCUUGUAUACUGCUUUCUCUACUACAUAAUACAGUUCUAAUUCCCUAUUAUUCAGAAACAUGCGUUACGUGAAAGUGAAUGGAAAUCCUUUUUCAAGUUAAAAAUAAAAAUGUUGCAUGCUAUUUCCUGUAGACAAUGUAUGGCAGGUAUUGAUUGUGGAUAUCUUUUUUCUUUUUUUAAAGGUAUCAUCAGUGAUGAAAUAGUGAUUUACAAACUGUGUGUAUAAACAUAUUUACCUUUUAAUUUGAAGAGGAUAACUGCACUUUCACUGAUGUUCUGUCAACAUUAUAAGACCAGAGAUGAUUUAGCUGACAAGAACUAGUUCCUCAUCACUAACGAACUGAGGGAAUUUUUCUUGACCUUCCCUUUCUGAGUGAGAAGAGAACAAAGAAAAGUUCUGGAAGAUCUUUGGAGAGCAUCUGGCAUCUCAGAGGAGGAAAAGUCAGUUCAGAGUUCUCCAUGAAAGAUGACUUGUUAUAAUCUCACAUCUUCAUAUCCAUAGACCUGACCUUUAGCAACAUGAUAUAUGUCAGAGGCAUGAUUGGCUACACCGGCUCCCCACCUUGCCAGGGAUUGGCCAAGCCUGUCACCUCCUCUCUCUCAUCUUGCUGAGCACCUGUGCUCCUGGGCUGCAUCUCAUCCACACUGACCCUUGAGGGACUGGAGGAUACCCACACAUCAGCGCUUGAUUGAUAAGAUGAGGAGACACUUCAGCUUAGUUUUUUUGUUCUGUGGGAUAUUUUUGCCCAGAAUCUUUGGUUUUCCACGUGCAAAUACUUCAAUCGAUUGUGAUUCUCUGUUACCAAACUAUGAAAGUGAACCACAGACAUCUCCACCACCAUAUAUUAUUGCUGUAUCUUUUGAUAGCUUUGAACCAGGAAAUGAAAUCCAAGUGACCAUAGAAGCCCUCAAAGAUGUUGGGUUUAAAGAAUUUAAUCUACAAGCUCGAGAAACAGGAGGAGAUGUUCCUGUUGGUACUUUUAAAAUUACAGAUCCAAACACAAAAGGCUUGGAAUGUCAUAACAUCACGAAUUCAGCAGUAAGUCAUGCAAAUUCAGAUCUCAAGCAGAAAAUUACAACAACAUGGAUUGCUCCAAAUGAUGUUAGAGAUCUUCAAUUCAUUGCAACUGUUGUUCAAGAUCUAGGGAAAUUUUGGGUUGGAAUUGAAAGCAAAACUCUCACAUCUACACAUUCUAAGUCAGUUAAUGGGACAGGAAAAAGUAAAAGAAAGCUUAUGAUAGAAAUUGAAUGCAGCAAGCGUGGAGGGACAUACACAAGACAAGGUGGAUGUGUUGUGGUUCAACCUUCUGGUUCCUCUCAGAGCAGCUAUUCUAGUGGUCAGACUGGAGCAGUCUACACAAUAAGCAAGACUGGAUGCGUCCCGGGAGGUGCUGCCAAUGCAUAUAGCCAGAAUGCAUGUAAAGAUAGUGCAUCCUCAUAUGGCAGUCUUACCUACGGCCAGUCUGUUCCUGCAAGUAGUUCAGAUUCCAGUAAGAAGGUAGUGGUCAUUCCCAACAGCAACCCGUUUCCGCCUGUGCGUCAUACCUAUCCCCAGAGUUUGGGCAAUUCUGCUACUAGGAUCGUAAUACAGAGUGGACAAAGACAGCAAGGCAGCAGUUCUACUUAUGUUCAGGGUUCCCGAGGCAGCCAAUCCUAUGGCCAGCAGAUCUCUCCGCUUCAACCUGGUAGUUCUUAUGGCCAGGUCUACCAGCCACAAGGAGGUACUUCCUAUGGCCAGGGUGGGCCAACCUACACAAUCAGCAGCAGUUCUUAUGGACAGGGUUCCCGAGGCAGCCAAUCCUAUGGCCAGGUCUAUCAGCCGCAAGGUGUCACUUCCUAUGGCCAGCAGAGUGGAUCUCCUUCUUCUUCAGGGGGCAGUGGAGGUUGUGGACAAGGUACUUCAUAUGAUAGCAAUCCCUGCCACCAGGAUGGAUCUCAGAGUGGUAGCCAGCAGGGCGGAUCAUCAUCCUCACAAAAUUAUGGUGGCAACCAGGGAGGAUCACAAAGCUAUGGUAGUGGCCAAGGUGGAUCAUACUCACAAAACUAUGGUGGUGGCAAAGGUGGAUCCUACUCACAAAACUAUGGUGGUGGCAAAGGUGGAUCACCCUCACAGAACUACGGUGGUGGCCAAGGUGGAUCAUAUACACAAAACUAUGGUGGUGGCAAAGGUGGAUCAUACUCGCAAAACUAUGGUGGUGGCCAAAGUGGAUCAUCUUCUCAAAACUAUGGUGGCAGCCAGGGUGGGUCGUACUCACAAAACUAUGGUGGUGGCCAAGGUGGAUCAUCCUCCUCUGACAGCUAUUAUGAUAGUCAGGAUUCACAGGAUUUCUCAGAUGAUAAUCCCAAUGCCUGUGAUGAUAAUGACACUACUUAUAGUGCUAGUAGUCGGAGUUCUAGCUGUGUGAAGAGGAAAGUUGUUGCCAGAGAUACAUCACAUGUUUUAAGCAGAAGAGACUAUGAUGUCCAGAAUGAGUCCUCUGCUUCAAAUAACAGCCACACUAACUAUCAGGGUGGAUCAUUCAUUGCAACUGGUGGUGGAUCAAGUGGUCAGGGUGGCUGCAUUUGUCCUGAUGGAAGCAGUGGUGUUAGACAGGGAACCCCUGGUUCUUCGUACAGCACAUAUUCUGGUAACCAGGGGGGAUCUUCCUUCUACCAUGGAGGAUCCUAUGGACAGGGAGGCCCAGGUUAUUCCCACAGCUCUUAUUCUGGAAACCAGGGAGGGUCUUCCUACUCUCCUGGUGGAUCUUAUGGACAGGGAUUCCCAGGUUCUUCACACAGCACAUAUUCUGGUAACCAGGGGGGAUCUUCCUUCUACCAUGGAGGAUCCUAUGGACAGGGAGGCCCAGGUUAUUCCCACAGCUCUUAUUCUGGAAACCAGGGAGGGUCUUCCUACUCUCCUGGUGGAUCUUAUGGACAGCGAGGGUCUUCUGUCAAUGAUAACGGCAGCGAAUCCUAUGGUCAGGAUGGAUCUUCCGCCUAUGGUGGCACUGGAUCAUAUGGUCAGGAUUCACCUUCCAUGGGAGUUAGUGAAUCUGAUUACAGUGAUUCCACCUCACCAUCUUACAACCGUCAGAGUGAACGGGAUUUUUAUUCCCCUGGAGGCAGCCAGUCAGGUGGACAUGGAUUAUCUUCGCAAGGUGGUGGCUACUCCAGUGGACAGGGCUCGUCCCCAUCAGGAAGCAGCCAGUAUGGUGGGCAGGGUUCACCUUCAAGAGGCAGCCAAUCAGGUGGACAGGGUGGAUGUGAUUGCUCUGGUGCAAGUUCUAGUGGAUCAUCUUCCUCACUCAGAAGUAAUUCCUCUUCAAAUGACACAUCUUAUUCUGGAGGAAGCCGUUACAGUAGCUAUGAUUCCACCUCACCAUCUUACAACCGUCAGAGUGAACGGGAGUCAUAUUCUUCUGGAGCUAGUCAAUAUGGCGGACAUGGAUCACCAUCUUAUGGAAACAGCCAUUAUGGUGGACAAGGUUCGCCUUCCUCAGGAGGCAGCCAGUAUGGAGGACAGGGUCCAUCUUCCUCAGGUGGGAGCCAUUAUGGAGGACAGGGCUUUUCUUCAGGAGGCAGCCAAUCAGGUGGACAGGGUGGAUGUCAUUGUCCUGGUGGGAGCCCGGGCUCUUUUGGAGGAAGCAACUACCACCGUGGACAGGGUUCAUCUUAUUCUGGAAGCAGUCAGUAUGGAGGACAGGGAUCUCACUCAGGAAGCAGCCAGUAUGCUGGGCAGGGCUCAUCAUAUUCUGGAGGCCAACAACAUGGUAAACCAGGAUCCUCAGGAAGCACUUAUUCUGGGAAGCAGCAACCACCUUCCUCAGGGGGCAGUCAAGUGAGCUCUGCUGGGAAACACUCCAGUCCCCAACUCCUGCUGCUGUUUAGCAUUUUGUGUGCCUUCGUACUCUCUGCUGUUACAUCAAAAUGGUCUAUGUGAACAUCAGAAGAUGUGCUCAGCAUCCUAGACAUGCAUUAUAUGCAGUAAUAUUAGAUUAAUUACUUAACGUGAGAGGGAAAAAAAAAAAAAAAACAACACCAUAAAGUCAAAUUGUCAGAUGCUACUUGGGCUAUCAUGUUCCAUGUCUGGUUACUAUGUCAUGUCUUUCAUUAGUCUCUUUGGGUUUAGUCGUUAGUAGAUAUCAUUUAGUUUUGUCAGUGUUCUAGGCAUCAUCUUAAGAGAGCAUAUUGUUCCCUACCUGUGGGAGUUUUUAAAAUUAUGUCCAGUGGAAAAUGUGAUGAACGCCUACCUGAAAACUGAUUGGUGCGAGAAACAAUUGCUUAGAAAAUACUUGGUUAGUAACGAACACAGAAUGGCAUACAAAUUGUUUUAUUUGCAAACUGAGCACUGUCACUGCCCUUCACUACAUACAAUAAAGAUGAGCUCUAACUUCUCAUGAGCAGUCCUCCAGGGAAUGGCAAAAAGGAUGCUAAAAUAAUAUCAUACUAUCAGCUUUAGUCGAAUGUAAACAAAUUCACAUUCAACAUGGAGGUUGCAAAGCAAAAAAAGCCUAAAUACGAUCUUCACCAUUUGGCUGACAGUUGUUUCUUUGGAGUCUGCAGUAACGUUUUUGUUUUUUUUAAUUUAAGCGUCCGAUCUGAACUGGCAUUGCACUUCUUUAAUAAACUGAUGGUGUAUUUCACACGAA